AAUUUUCAUGAACGGGUUCUUGAGAAAGCAGACAUCAUUCAAGCAACAGGAGAUGCCAUUGUCACGCUACCUGAUGUGGCCUGCCUCACACCAAGGUACUGUUGUUCAGUUAUCUUGACAACACUGCAGACCUCCAUACCUGAUAACAUAGACUAUAUUUAACAUGGUGAUGAUAAUUAAAUGGACAGCUAUAUGAAUGAUGGUUUUUAGCUUGUAGGAUAUUUUUAUUUAUUUAUUUAUUUAUUUUUUGUGACACUUUUAUCAAAUCAUUUUUACCCAUGGUUUUUUUUGGGGGCGCAAAUAAUAAUAUUGUGUAAUUGUUGCUACAUAUUUUAGUCGAUGCUGUGGCUGGAUACAGUUUGUCGCUCAGCCAAAGCUUUUAAUUUUUUCUCUGGGUAUCCAGACCUUGGUACUGCCAUAAUAAUAAUAAUAAUAAUAAUAAUCGUAUAGCUAAUAUCCUGCAGAAGGUGUUUUUUGUCAGAGAGAACAAUUUAUGACAAGAGUUCCAGUACCAAUGUUUAGUGUGAGAAAUAGAGGGUAAUAAUAAUAGUAAUAGUAAUAAUACAACUUUAAAUUGCCCUCUCCCUGUAUGGAGCUUUUCAGGGAUAGUGAAACAAAUAAUUUAAAUGUAAUAUAACAUGGUUAAAAAUCUCAACUGAUAGGAAGGGAACCAGUCAGCUAUUUUAAAAGUGUGGCUAACGAUUUGAGCUUGAUACUACCAAAACCAAAUCCAGCUAGUGGUCAGGGUGGGACUAGAACUUGGGGCCUCAGAAUUACAGUGGAACCUCCUCUUAGAGACACCUCUAUUCAAGAGACUCUUCCAUUCAGGGGACACAAAAUUUGGUCCUGGAAAACGCCCUCAUAAUCUUGUUACCUCUGUUGAAGGGACACUUCUAUUCAAGGGAAAAGGACACAUUUUCUGGGUCCCAAAACCUGGGUUUGACCUCCAUUCAGGGGACACCUUAGCACUCAAAACGUAACUGACCACUACUGCACUGGUGUGAAUUCAACUUAUAAUGUCGCAGAGAUGGGUUUAUGAUGAUUUUGAUUUUUUUGUAUUGUCUUUGUUGGUUAACUAUUAUCAAACCCCAGCCUGUCCUCUAUUCAGAGGACACCUCUUUUCAAGGGACACUUGCCUUGGUCCUAAGGGUGUCCUCUGAAUAGAGAUUUCACUGUACAAGUCCAGUGCUCUAACCACUUGGCCACUUUCUCUUGAUUCCUCACAUAAUCACAUAGUCAGCUAUAUCCCAAGGACACAUAAUAUCACAGAGACUCUUCAGUACCUCCAUGAAGCUUCUGACCAGAUUUUGGAUCUAGUUCAUCUAGGGUUUUAUUUACUUGCUAUUUUUUGUUUGCAUACAGCUUUUUAUUUCACAUUAUGAAUGGACCCACCAUCUCCCUCUCUUUUUGUCACCCUCAAAGUUUGUUUGUCACGUUUAGGUUCCCUUAUUUAUGUAAAGCCAAGUGCAGUAACCAUGAGCGUUGUUAAGUACUUUAAACAUUAACUGAAAUGCAUGGAGAUUGAACAAAGAAUAAUUUCUCAUUCAGAUGUCUAAUGUCAUGUCCUUUUUCCUAGGGGUCGAUAUUCAAUGAAAGUGUUUCCAUCCUUUCUUCAACUUCAUGGCAAGACCUAUGACUACAAGAUCCCUUACACGUCAGUGUUGCGGCUUUUUCUCCUCCCACACAAAGACCAAAGAUUUAUGUUUUUUGUGGUAAGGAAGUGUAUUCUAAUAAAGUUUCUUAAUUAAACUAGGUCAAAUUGUCACUGGGGCUGUUAGGAGUGAACAGUGAUGAGUCUAAUUUAAAUUCUGUUUUUAAGCUUUUUGUAGUAAUAACUGUUCACGUCUUUACUUGUGAAAUAAUAUUAUUAUAAUGCAACAUGUGUCAAUGACACAGGAAGGACUGAACUACCAGCUUUUGAGUCUAAAAUAGAAUUCAUUGCUGCACCACUUACAUGUAUUACCUGUUGAAGCUGUUGGCACAGCUCAAAGGAGGUUAUAAGUGACAGUAAAGUGAUUCUUAAUUAUCACAGGUUAGUAUGGAUCCUCCAAUCAAACAAGGCCAGACAAGAUAUCCAUUCUUGAUUAUACAGUUUGGAAAGGAUGAAGAAUUUGAUGUA